AUGUGGAUUCUACCUCUAGUCGGCAUACUCGGCUCCAUCGUGGGCUUCUGCUUCCUGACGCUGGCCAUCGGCAAGUCCCCACCCCAAAGCCCGUCGGGACUCUACUACCUUUCCGAGCUCGUCGAGGAACAUACCGUCAUAUCAAAGCGACUUUUGACCCAACUAAUCUACGGCAUCAUCGGACUUCAAUUGUUACUAUGCCUUGUGGACAGGUUCCCCUUCUGGCUGACCUUGUUUGGGGUCGUCUCCCAUGUUGUCUACCUGGGAAACAUGCGGAGGUUCCCCUUCGUCACGCUGACGGACCCUUUAUUCAUUACGUCCUGCGUUCUCGUCCUCAUCAACCACUUUGUCUGGUACAAGCACUUCUCCGGCCUGCAGAAGAACGCUUACCAGAACAUGGCCUCGUACUACGGAACACCUGACGACAUGCCCACAUUUACCGAGAUUGCUUCUUACUUUGGAAUCUGUGUGUGGCUCGUCCCCUUCGCGCUCUUCGUCAGCCUGAGCGCCAGCGACAAUGUCCUACCAUACGAGAACCCAGCUGCGGCAGCGAGUGGCGACGGCAGCAAGAGGAAGGCACAGGGCAUGGCCAAGGCUCUGGUGGAUGGAACACCCUUCAUCAAUACAUACACUGACCGUUCAGAGACUGUCCGCGUGUCCAUUUUCCUCGAGUUCAUUCCUGAUAACCGAACCUCGGCCCUUAACGUCCUUCCGUCUACAGACAACACUCUGGCGCGUUUGUCUCUUCCGACGUACUUGUCAGUCAGAAAUAUCGAGUGGGCCGACAAAGCUCAAACCAAGCCUGUGGCGUGA